AUGGACAAAGAUUAAGAGACUAAUAAUUUGGCUAGCACUCCUAAAAAUUCUAUAUAAGACUCUCCAUUAGAUUAUAAAGUAGAAGAAACAGAUUCAUUUUGGAAUUACAAUCUAAGACAAAAAGAAAAUCUUAAUUUAUAAAAGAUAUUUGAAUUUAAGCCCAAAAGUGAAGAAUUAAUUUAAUAGAUAGAGCAAAAUAUUAAAUUUCUAUUAAAGCCAUAAAUUGAUUAGGUAUUAAUAUUUACAAUCUAUAUUAUUAGUUUUUAAAAAUUAAUAAAAUAAAUGUAAAAUUGCUUAAAUAUCCAAAAAUUGAAUGGAUACCUUUAACAAAAUAAGUUUAAAAAGUCAAAAAAUCAAAUAUACCAAUUGAUACUUAAAUCUAUUUACUAUUAAACUACAGUCAGAAUACUAUAAUACAUAAUAUAUCACCAUAGACGAUGCAUUAAUAUACAACCUACCUUCAAAUUGACUAAAAUAUAAAAGUAUAUAUUCUUCUAAUAUAGAGAUUGGAAGUUUAAGAUAUUAAUUUUAAAUACAAUUUUACUACAGAUUUAAGAGAAAAAUUUAAAUUGGAGAUUCUCAAAAUUUCUAGAGAUGUUUGGAGAUCUUAAGAUGGUAUAAUAUAAAUGAUUGAAUUAAAUUCAAAAUAUUCUCUGCAUAAUUUUGACAUAAGUAAAUUUAUCUUCUAUUUAUUUAGUAUAAUUAUAUUCAUUAUAUUUAUUUAUUGUAGAGUAAUAAAAUAUUUCACAUUUAAAUUUAGAAGAUCUAUAAAAAUUUUUAAAAGAUUAAAUGUAAAAAAAGAAUAUUUCUUUAAAAAUAAACUUAUAUUCAUUAGGUAUAAUUUUUCUUUAAUUACAAAAUAAAUAAUUUGUUAAGAUAAAACCAACAAUUUUCCAAAAAAUAAAUUGCAUUUAAUAAUUUAACUUGAAUAAAAUUUAAUAAUUAUCUUACAAAUCAUAUUAAACUAAUGAGUAUAUAAAUAAAGAAAAGGCUUUUUUGUGUAAUUCUUGUUUAAAAUUUUCAUCUAAAUGUAAUUGUAAAUUUAAUAAUUAAUUAUCUUAACUAAGAAACUUAUUAGAUUAUUGCUAAGCUUUGAAUUAUAAAGUAAAUGGUAAAAAAGUUAUUUGGGUUAAUGAUGUUUUGUAAUAUAAUAUGAAAUUUGCAUGUAGUAAUAAAUGUUACAAAAAUCCUAGUAAUUAUAAUCAAAUUAAAAAAAACAAUAUACCUCAACAUCUACUUGACAUGUAAAAAACAUUAAAAAUUGAUUAAGAUCCUUGUAUUUUAGCUAAAAUACUUAAAUUAGAUUGUUUAUCAAUAUUCCUUUUAGCUAAACAUAAAUAUAAUGAAUUAAGAGAAGAAUAUAUUAAAGCUUUAAAUUAAAUCUAAAGAAUCAAAGAUUAAAACGCCUUAAUUAAUAAUCCAUAUAAAUCUGCAUCAUUAUAUAUAUCCUGUUGUCAUAAAUAAGAUUUUCAAUGUGAAUAAUGCAAAUGUGAAAUAUUUUGUUCAAAAUAUUGUGAUUGUCCUACCAAUUAAUGUCUUAAAAAGUUUAGAGGUUGUAAUUGCAAGGAUCGAUGUUCCUCUGAUGGCAGAUGUUCUUGUAGAAAAGAUAAUAUGGAAUGCGAUCCUUUGAUUUGCAAAUGCUGUAGUACUGAUUCUAAUUUUAUUUGUUCCAACACAUAAAUACUAAUAAAUAAUGUGAAACCAACACUUUUAGCUAGAUCUACAGUUUGUAAUGGACUUGGACUAUUUUCAAAAUAAUUCAUUAUGAAAGGAGAAUUGAUUAUUUUUUAUAUAGGGGAAGUUUUAAUUGAUGAUGAAGAUGAAAUUAGAGAUUAAUUUGAUGAUACAUUCUCCUUUUAUAAUUACUAAUUAAGUGAUGAGAGAUAUUCAUUAGACAGUAGAUUUUGUGGAAAUGAAAGCAGAUUCAUAAAUCAUAACAGCCUAAAUUUAAAUAAUUGUAGAACAAAUCAGAUUUUUACUUGUGGUAUAAUAUUAUUUUUUAUUUAGGGUAAUAUCAAUUGGCUAUUUAUGCCAUAAAAAAUAUAGAUCCAGAAUAAGAAAUCUUAUUGAAUUACAAUGAAGGAGAGUCACUUAAUAAAGAAAUUCAUAAUUGGAAUGAAUAAUAAUAAUAGUACUGGAAUUAUUUAUAAAAUACUAUUACAAGAGAAAGAUGA